AUGAUCACACAAACCCCUCGCAUGUUAAAGGCUCAGGAAGAGAUGGACAGUGGCAUCGGAGCCGACCAGACCUCCGUGGUGCGGCUUGCGGCUACGUGGAGGUUCUAUAUCGCUGUGGAAGUGAAAUCGCGCCAUGUCGCAUUUGAGUCAGGCCCGGACUCUGACGAAUACGCCCGAGAGUUAGAGAGACUCGAGGCCCUUGACACCGUCGUCUUUGAUGCUCAUACUCGAGGCGAUUGGCGAUCAAUCAAGCCCAUGGCAAACAUUAGGGGCGCUUUCAAACAAGAGCUCGAAAGACGCCAGUCUGAAAGGUCUAGAAAUGAGACCAUUACAGAGAACCCCCCUUACCCAGCACCAGCCUCAACGCGCUAUCCGAAUGUUUGUCGAAGAGGAUGGGUCGGAAAACCCACCCUGACCUGCGACGGCCGAUUAUUUUCAAGAUGUGGCAAAACGAUCCACGUGGGGUGGGAACGAUUCUAUCGUGAGUCAUACGCCAUGUCUGAAAUAUUUGAGUUGAUGUAG